AUGUCGAUUGCUUACGAUUUCGAGCCCGAUGUUUCGCCGAUUUACGAUGAUGAAUUCACCGAUGAUUUUAGUGUGCAUUUCAGCUCAUAUGGAACACCCGUAAGUUGCUCAGAUUACGUUUUAUUAAAAUUAUUGAAUUAUAUUUUUGUAGAGAAGUCGGCCGAUUUCGAAUCAACAAAAUCAAACGAUGGGAGCUUCUAGAAUGGAAAUGGAUCAUUCGGAAGUCAACAGGUUACUUUGAAAUCUGUCUUAGAAUCUCUGAAGUGUUAUUUUCAGCGAUGAAGUUGUUCCCGAUUCCACUGUGAAUUCAAGACAAUAUGAAUUUGAACAAGGAGAAGAAGAUGAUGCAAAAGUUCUAACUGGAACUUAUAUUGUAUUAUCAGCUGGAUGUUGUCAUCCAAUAAAACGACACUUCUUGAAAAACUUGGAGGAAAUGGGCGCCACAAUUCAAAAUCAUGUGGAUUUUCAGACAACUCAUGUUGUAAUUGAUAGAUAUGCAAAUGCUGAAAUUGUCAAGGAAGCGAUGGAAAAAGGCGAUUUAUUGAAUAUGGUUGAUGUGAAAUGGAUUCAAGAGUUUGGUUUUGCUUGAUUAAUUUAGAGAAUCUAUUGUUUUUUAGCUGUGUUGAUAAGAAAAAGCGACUCCGUGAAAAGGAUUACUCGAUGAAUGAUUGCCAUUAUUUAAAACAAUCUUGUCGUCGACUUUCUCAUGUUGUAGAUGAACAUGUAAGAUUCAUUUUGUAAGAUUUAUCGUAAGAUUAAUUUAUGAUUUAGAAUGAAUCCGAUUUUCUGAACAUGACGACUUCGGAUCUUGUUGAAUUUAUUGAUCAAAUUAAAAGUUUAUCGGAAAGAUUGGACGCGCUUAUGAAUUGUGAGUUCUUUGUGUCUUUUGAGAUAGAAAUUUUCAAUUUUCAGAUAAUCCGUUGAUUCGAUUCGCUUAUCAUUCGCCAGAUUGUCCGAGUGAGUUUCAGUUGGAUUUUUUAGGCCAAAAACAUCUUAAACAAUCUGAAAAUUUUCAGCCCGCCGUCGACCCACUCCUUCUCCAGCUCCUCCAGCUGCUGCAAAAUUGAAAAACGUUGCGAAAAUUCGCAAAAAUAUCGAGGAGAUGUCGAAUUUAUCGGAUAUCAAAAGACGAAGAUCAUUCGGUGGUUAUGUUUAUGCGCAUAGAAAUGAUGCCAUGUUGGAUAUUUUGAGACUUCAGGAAGCAAAUCAUGGUGACCUUUUAUCUCUUGAGAAACUUCAUUUCAACGGUUUUUUUCAGAUGUUCGUGAAACUUGGGAACCUGAAAAAACAGCCAAGAAAAAAAUCUCGAACUAUUAUAAAUCCUCCACAAAAUUUGAAACUUGUGAAUGA